UGUCUCUUUCCUCUCAGGCCAGGCUCCAUGGCGGAGCAGGAGAGGCCACGGCGGCUGCUGAGGUUGGUCCGGGAGGGGAACCUGGAUCUCCUACGGGAUGAGCUGAGGCUGGAUGAGAUUCCAGAGGCUUCCAGCUGGCGCUGGGGACGUUUGGGAGACUCCCUGCUGCACCAUGCAGCUCGCUUAGGACACCGGGAUGUGCUGGAAUUCCUGGUCCAGGAGCUGGGGAUCGACGUGGAGGUGGCCAAUGGGGACUACAAGAGACCUAUCCAUGAGGCUGCUUCUAUGGGACACUGGGAAUGUGUGGCCUUCCUCCUGGAGAGGGGGGCGAGCGUGGACUGCUUGAAAAAGGCUGACUGGACUCCCCUGAUGAUGGCUUGCACCAGGAAAAACUUGGAAGUGAUCAAAACUCUGGUGGAGCAUGGAGCCAACCCGUUGUUGAGGAAUAAGGAUGGCUGGAAUUGCUUCCACGUUGCCAGCAGGGAAGGGCACCCUGAGGUGCUCCAGUACCUCCUGGAUGUGUCCCCAAGCUGCUGGGACACGGAGAGCAGCACAGGGAGAACUCCUCUGCACACAGCAGCGAUGCACGGAUGUUACCAGGUUGUGGAGCUGCUCCUGGAACGGUGCCAGUACAAACCUGAGAGCAGAGACAGCUGUGGGGUCACUCCCUUCAUGGAUGCCCUCCAGAAUGGGCACGUGGGCAUUGCCCGGCUGCUCCUGGAGAAACACCAGGCCUGCCCCACAGCUGUGGAUGCCCUGGGUGCUCAGGCCCUGCACAGGGCAGCUGUGACAGCCCAGGAUGGCUCCAUCCAGUUCCUGGUGUCUGAGCUGGGUGUGGAUGUCAACGGGAGAGCGACAUCCCUGGAGCUGCCAGCCCUGCACUACGCAGCCAAGGAAGGACACGGACACACCAUCCAGACCCUGCUGUCCCUCGGUGCUGAUAUCCAGGCUAAGGAUGGGAAGGGCCGUUCUGCCCUGCACGCGGCCAGCGCCGGGCAGAGCGCGGUGGCCGCUCGGAUCCUGCUCCAGGCCGGGCUCCAGGACACUCCAGAUGCCACAGGAAUGCUGGCACAGCAGCUGGCCAGGAGGCCAGAAGUCAUCCAGGUGUUCCAGGGAGCACAAGUCAGCACGUGAAGAAGAGGAACCUAUUUCCACGUGGGCUGAGCUUCCCCUCUUGCCGUGCAGCUCCCUGGAACAGAACCACCCAAGGAAAGUUCCACUUCUAGGGAUCCUGGUGGCUUUUCCUGGGAAUUUCCACACACUGAACAUCCUGAUGGAGAAGAUCCACCUGGAUUAUUGAUUUUCCAGCUCUUCAUGGACCUGCUCUCCACUAAUCCCUUAAAUUGCUUUAAUUUGUGCCCUCUUUGGGUAGGACGGAGACUCUUGAAGCUGCAUCGACCUUUUAAAUCUUUUUUGUAGCCCACAGCUGAUCCCAAAACCUACAGGGAUCCAUAGUGGGACCUCAACCUUGUGAGGACAUCGAGGGUCUUUGGAUCAGACUAAAAUAAGGAGGUGUUUUAUUCCAUUUUAUUCCAUUUUAUUCCAUAUUGGAAUGCUGGGCAGUUCCCAGCACUGAUGAAUUUGAAAUCCCAAUAAUCUUCUCUUGGAA